ACAGCCGGGAUACCGUUUAUAAAGGACUUUUAAAUGUUUGCUCGAAGCCUGCGCUCAAUGUGAACUCUGUUGCGACAGAAGACAGCUAGCUCUGCGGCUCGUAAACAGCGGAAGGUCGUUUUCCAUCAAGCUAGAAAGGCUAGCUGGCUUAAAGGACAGAGAUGGCGGUGUGUGCACUGACCAUGUUGGAGGGGAUGGAAAACGAAGUGGUGGCCGCAGGCGGCGCACUGCUUCUGGCCCUGGCCCUCAUCAUGGCCUGGCUUUCAACCCAUGUGGCAGAUCGGGGAGACCACAUACUGGGCACCAUCCUCACUGUGGGCGCCCAUGCCUCUUUGAUAGGCCUGGGAGCCCAUGAUAACUAUAGCGGAGGGCCUAAUGGUGCUGACGCUCCUGAGCAGCAGGCUGCUCAACCUUCACAGGAGAACAAGCCGGAUGAUGGUGAGCCUUCAAAUGACAGAGGAGAGGGUGACGGGGAGGGAACCGAGGACAUCUGGACUGACCUGCGGCUGGACAUACAGAGCAAACAACCUCAGGUGGGGAUGUUGCAUUCUUCUGAUGGCGAGGAGGAUGAGGAGAAUGAGGAUGAAGAAGAUGAGCUGAGAAUGGCAGAACAGCAGCCUUUGAAGGCUGUUGAGAGUUUGAGCACCAUGGUCCACUGUGCUUCCACUUCCAUCUCCGUCCGGCUAAAGUUUUUGAAUGACACAGAGGAGGUCGCUGUUGUAGAGCCAGAAGAUACAGUGGGAAUACUAACAAGCAAAUGUUUUUCAGGACGAGAGCAUCAGGUUAAGUUGAUCUACCGAGGCCAGCUGCUGCAGGAUCCUAAGAAAACGCUUUUUUCUUUAAACAUCACAAACAACAGCGUGAUCCACUGCCACAUCUCCCAGGCCAUGCAGGGACCCAACCCAGAGGAAGGGGCUCAACCCGGAGCAGGAACUGGAGUUGGACCAGGGGGUCCUGGAGGAUUCAGGGCUGCCAGCGUGGCCAUAAACACCAGUAGCCUGGUGGUGCCUGUGUUUGUGGUGAUCCUGGCUGUUGUCUGGUACUUCCGCAUCAACUACAGGCAGUUCUUCACCGCCCCUGCGACCAUCUCCCUGGUUGGAGUCACUGUGUUUUUUAGCUUUCUGAUAUUUGGAAUGCACAGCCGCUGAGGACACAGAGACAUGGCUCAGUGAUGCAGAUCGAUAUAAAGAAAAAUAUAACUGCAGUAGUCGGAUGGUAACCAGAAGAGAUGGACUCAUUAAAUAAAAAAAACAAAGUGGCUCAAUGCCACUGCUGCAGCUGCUUAUUGCGUGUGUCUAAGCACAUCCAGAGAAAAGGUGAAUACGGUUCAAGCUCAGAUCAAGAGAAUUUAGCACCUAAGUGGUCACAAUCACCUUAAAACACUUUAGCUUUAUCCUGUUUUUGUUUGAUACUGGAAGAUUUAUGGAUCUAUCUUGUCUUACUCCUAUAAAUUGUUUUAGGAAAAAGUAAAGUUGACUUAUGUUGAUAGAAUGUAAAAGGCUUUCUGUGGAUGAACACAAUCUGUACAACUUUCAAGACAUUUUUUGUUGCUUCAUAUCAACACCUUAAAGUUCUGUAAAACAAAGUCAUUGCAAGAGAGGCUGUACAUAGGUUGUAUUUUCUGUAUAUAAAAUAGAAUCCAUCUGAUGAAUCUACAUCUGGCACUUACAGAGCGGCAGUGGGACAUUCCUCCUGAUUAAAACUGGACCUGUCUUGUUUCAGCUUUAUCUAGAAUAAAAAAAAAAAAUUCCAGCCAAGUCGGUU